GAGCAGUUCAAAAGCUCUGCAGCCACUCCGGAAUCUCCUGAAAACUUUGGGAAAGCUGAAUGGGAUCUACCAUGUGUCUCCAAACCACCCAUUGAGAGGAUUUCUGCAUCAGGCCAGGCAGGCACUGAGUGAAUGUAGGAGUAGGACAAGUCCUAGCUAGGACUGUUCUGCCAGCACACUAACACUGUGUGUGUGGAGCGAGUGUGCCCGGGCUCACCCACACUAACAGCACGGAGCUCUGAGCAGGGUCACUGCAGCUGCAUGGCAUGGAGCUUUGGAACCCUCGGCUUUGUCUUGUGCUCUCUCCUGCAUGUCACUCAGCAGCACAGAACACAGCAGUCUGUAGGGGUUUCCUCAUGAAAUGGACUCUUAUUCCCUAGUUCAGUCCUUGCAGACCUCUGAAAAGUAGCGAGGGCUGUUUCAUGGCACUGGAGGAUGUUCCUGAUUGGGAUGGCAACUCCUCUGCUGGCCUUUUUAGGUCCCAUUACUGGAGCUGUUGGUGUUUCUUCCCGUGCUGGAAGCACACUUUGUUCACCAAGAGCCUUGUGCCUGUCAAGGGCAAACACAAAGAGCCUGCUCUGUGCCCUUGUGAUGCUGAGGUUUCUGUAAUGCUCAGUGGAGUGGUCAUGCUGCACCUCCUAUCUUGGCUUCCCUCUGGUUAAUCUUUCCCUUCCUUUUCUAGACAGUUAUUUUUGGCCGCUGUGAUUAUCCUUACAGGGUUUUUCCUUGCACUGAGUCACUGUUCUGGGCUGUGCCAAGAGGAAUUUUGGCAUUGUGGAAUAAAUGUCAUCACUCUUCCUGCUCACAAUUGUCACUGAUGUCUUUGAGUUUGUGCUGUUGCAUCUUGGGGCUUGCUGUGACAUUGCUCUUCUCUGCUGAUACUUUCACCUUUGUCAUUUAGAUUAAAUCUUUAAUCAAGAGGACGAAAGAGACUGCGAAUGUGCAUCCAAUGUCUCGGGACCUCUCUCCAAGGCGUAAGCUAGGUCCUGCCAUAUUCCACAAGACUGAGUCCCAAGAUCGCUUGAUUGAAGAGCUGCAGGACAGACUGGGCAUCGCUGAGCAGGAACAGGAGGAAUGGCAGAGCCAGGAUGCCUGGCUGACAGAGGGGGUCAUUGUCACUGCCAGACCCCGGGGGGAAGAGCAGAGUGGUGGACAGCAAGUAGAGAAGGUGGUUUUUCCUCCAGAAUCCCCACUCCUCCCAAGGAGGACAGUCUCUGUUUCAGCCUCUUCCCAGCUCCAGCCUUCCAAAGAAGCUGCAAAGACAGUCCCUGCUAAUGCUGCUCCCUCUCAUGUCUCUGGCCCUGGACCUCUCCUCCCACUUCCACCUCAGCCUUCCCAUGUGCCAUCUACCCCGGCUCCUAGUCCAGUGUCUUCCUCUUCCUUCAGCUUGGCUCCCCAGCCUCUCUUCCAGUGGGGAAGUUCUGAUGAUGAUUAUCAUGAGGUUUCUGUUGUGGGCACCCCUCCUUCUGAGGAUCCCAGGCAUUCCUGUUCUCCCCAGACCUGGACCCCAAGCAGCAAGACAGUUGUUUCUGUUGGCUGUCAGACUGAAGAUGAAGCUUUCUUCCCAGAAAUGCAAACAGGCUUCUCUCCCCUGGUGACCUCUGCUCCUCCCCUUGUCCCCAGUGCCAAUCUGCUGGCUGCUCCUGCACCCCUGGGCCCCCCCACCCCUGGCAAGUUCAUGGCACAGGGGAAAGCCGGGAGCAGCUCCCCUCCAUCCACAGCCUCCAAGCCUGGCAGUCAGCUGGACACCAUGCUGGGAAGUCUCCAGUCCGACCUGAACAAACUGGGUGUAGCUACAGUUGCCAAAGGUGUCUGUGGAGCCUGCAAGAAGCCGAUUGCUGGGCAGGUAGUUACAGCCAUGGGGAAAACCUGGCACCCUGAGCACUUCGUCUGCACCCACUGCCAGGAGGAGAUCGGGUCGCGGAACUUCUUUGAGCGGGAUGGGCAGCCCUACUGCGAGAAGGACUACCACAACCUCUUCUCCCCUCGCUGCUACUACUGCAACGGGCCCAUCCUUGAUAAAGUGGUGACGGCUUUGGACAGGACAUGGCACCCUGAACACUUUUUCUGUGCCCAGUGUGGAGCUUUCUUUGGACCUGAAGGAUUUCAUGAGAAGGAUGGCAAAGCCUAUUGCCGCAAGGACUACUUUGACAUGUUUGCUCCCAAGUGUGGAGGCUGUGCCCGGGCUAUCCUGGAAAACUACAUCUCUGCCUUGAACACCCUGUGGCACCCCGAGUGCUUUGUCUGUCGGGAAUGUUUCACCCCGUUCAUCAAUGGCAGCUUCUUUGAGCACGACGGGCAGCCCUACUGCGAGGUGCACUACCACGAGCGCCGCGGCUCCCUCUGCUCCGGGUGCCAGAAGCCCAUCACAGGACGCUGCAUCACUGCCAUGGGCAAGAAAUUUCACCCUGAACACUUUGUCUGUGCCUUCUGCCUCAAGCAGCUCAACAAAGGAACCUUCAAAGAGCAGAACGACAAGCCCUACUGCCAGAACUGCUUCCUCAAGCUCUUCUGUUAGAGGCACCAUCGAUGGGCGCUAAAGCAUCUUUCUGCCACCCCCUCGGCAGUUCUGGCUCUCUGAACAUUACUGUGAUUUAGGAAUCUUACCAGGCAGGGGAGGAGGGGGGUGGGGGGUGGGGAGUGCUUUCUGCUGCUAUGGAGAGGCAGUAGAUCCAGAGAUGAGACGGACCAUUAAACUGGAAACGCCCUUGCUGUGUCUCAGUAGAGAGAGGCCGAGAUCCCUCAUGACGGUGUGUGUGUCUGUGUGUGUGACUGACAGCUGAGCUUAGCUCGAGGGCUCCAACAGGGAGAUCUUCCCACCCCCCUCCUGGCAGCAGGAGUCUUUGCCAGUACGUUUCAGCCCGUGUCAGCUCCCUGAGCAAAUCGAGACACUUGCAGACAACACAGCCCUCUGCUUUGACACCUCCUUCUCAGGCUUUUGCCUGCACGUGUGCAGGGUGAGCGACAGCCCAGCAAGGGCACCCUGUAACCUCAGGGCCACCCUGGCUCCCCUCACAGAGCCACACCAUGUGUGUGACUUGCUGAGACCAGAGCACCAGCACAGGCAGCCAAGACCCUGCAAGGGUCUCUCCAGUUCCAUUACACUGUAGGGAGAUAAUACCACUUACUUUUUUUUUUUUUAAUUAAGAGGAAUCAAGAUGUUAAUGUGUGGGGUGGGGGUUUUCCCCUCCUAGUUUGUUAUGCCCUUUCUCAAUGCCUUUUCUCAGCACACCAGAGCAGAAGGUGGGGUAAGCCCUGACCAUCCCUCAGCACUGAUGUGUGCUCCUUGUGGGAACAUCCCAUGCCAGGCAUCUCCAUCCAGGCCAGCUCAGGGCAUCUGCUCCCCUCACCUGCUGCUCCUGGGAGAGAGGAAGAGGCAUCAUCCCUUCUUUAAAUGCAGGUGCAGAGAGGUCAGAGCAGCCUUUUUCAUCCAUCCCUGUUAUGAAUGAGUGUGAUGUGUGUGUGUUUAUCUGGCCUGAAAAUCUCCCAUCUGUCAGGGCCUGAAACUGUCACAAGAGUGGGGAAAAGUGGAGAGGGUUAAGAAGCCGGGAGAAAAAAAAAAAUCCUAAAUUUAUAUCCUUUCUUCCUCUUUGCUAAUGAGACCUGUCAGCCCCUUGGUGUUUCCAUUUUCUGUGCUCUUGUUAAACAUGUUCUACUGAGAGAUGCUACAGCAAUAACCUUUUAUAUUGACUGUUACUGGUAUAACAAGUCCCGUGGGUCAGGUGUGCGUGACACACCUGGAGUUUUACUAUCAAAGUGAAUACUGUAUCCAGUCUUUGAUAAGAACUGUAGAUUUCUACACUGAUUUUGAAUUCAUAUCUAAUUUACUUUUAAUCCUCUUAUACAGAAAUUGGUUUUGAAGUGAUUUUAAGAAAGCAACUUUUAUAUCAAGCUGUGCUGUUCUAGGCAGUGUGCCAGUUGUGCUGGCUUACUGCAUCUAUAACCUCAAUGCUUUGUUAAGCCGAACUAACAUUCAAUAUUUCCUUUUUAUUGCGGGUUGGGAGGGGCUGGAAUCUAUGGGGAAGGGAAUGUGACUUGUAUUUUUUCCCUAGCACAGGCAGGUGAACUGUGAAUAGCUUUUUUUUUUUCCCCUCCUCUGGGUCACCUAAAAGUGUGUUUUCUGGUUUUAUUGUAACCUGUAAACUGCUGUAUUUGAAUCACCUGCCUUUCUCCCAAAGCCCAGCUUCCAGGAUGUUUAAGUCUUAAUGUGAUGCUUUGGGGGAGGAGCUCAGACCUUUGCCCUCUGUUUCUCCUCUUCAGCCACCUGAAAUCAGAGCAGGGUAAAUUGAGGAAAAAAGGUCUUGUGACUGAGGAGGAGAAAGUGGGAGAGACAGACUGUUCCUGACUAGCUGUGUAACUUUGGGCCAGUCACUAAACCUUACUGUGCCUCAGUUUCCCCAUCUGUAAAAUGGGGGCAGUUUAGCCUGGAUUUGUGAGGUUAUUGGGAGGCUUAGCUCGUGUUUGCUAAAGCACUUUUAGGUCUCUGGCUGGAUGGAGGGUGCUACGGAGAGGGAAGGACUGCACUGAAAUUCCCGGUGCCGUUCUGUGGUACCAGCCAAGGCAGCCCAGGGAGCAGUGUUUCAGUUACUGCUCCAGAGUGCUACAGCACUGUCACCAGAGGCAUCUGGGUGUGUUUUGCAGCUUGGCAGGUGCAUUAGGGGCCCAGGGGUGGCUGUGUCAGAAACCAGCCCAGCCUUGGGCUGGAAACUGCAGGUCCCUGUCACACAACCUUGUCGCGGUGCUGCCCUGCCCUGCUUGGAUCACUGAAACUGUUUCACUCAUUUCCCCUACAAAUGAACUCAGUGUGUGGGUGUGAGGCCGAAGGGAACUGUGGGAGCACUGGAGCUGUGUCAGCUGGGCUGAGUGUAGCUCUGGGAGAGUUCAUGAGGCAAGAAUCCUUAUGCAUUUGCCUUUUCAUCUGUGAAGUCGAUUUAACUUAAAUGGGUGUUCCUAAGCUGUGUGUGUUUAUCUCACUGAAAAGGUCAAUCCUUGGUGCCGCUGAGAGGACACACAGCUGUUGUGUCCGAGUGUCAGAAAGGGGUGAGAUGUUUCUGGCACUGCCACUGCAAAUGGCAUGACAUCUGCAAACGGUGUAAUCGCGUGCCUCAGUUUCCCUGUGCGGGGAGUCUUUAACCUACCUCACUCACUGCUAGUUGAGGGUUGUGCCAGUGACACUCCUGGCACAUGUGGAAGGCCCUGGGUGCUGUGAGGGCUGCUGGGGGCCGAGGGGAGGCUCGGUGUCCUUAGUGCUUAACUGAGAUCAUUACACAUUUACCUCCUGCCUUCAUCUGGUGCCUGACACGCUGGGAUGCUGCACCGAUGCUACUCUGCCAAAUAACGACUUGUGGUGUCCCAAAUGCCUGUGUAGUUCAUUGCAGGUGCAGUUCUAGGGUGGCACAGCCGGGUGUGGGGCUGGGGAUGGUGCUGGGGGGUCCCCGGCCCUGGAGAGGAGCUGACAGGGGCUGUGACAGGUGCUCCGGGAGGGUCUGUGUGUGCACCCCCGGACCGGGCGCUACCCCUGGGGAAGGUCUUUCUCACCACGUCCGGGCUGGGCUGGGGGAAGCUUGGCUGGGUCGACAAUUAUUUGAUUUUUUUUCCCCCUCCCAUGUAAACUUCUAACUCCGCUUUUUUUUUUCCAUUUAAAAUUCUUGCAGUUACGCCAAUAAAGUUUUUACCGUUAUUCUCA